AUGAAAGAUAUUAUCGUCAAGCAUCAAGAGAGUGCAUCUGUGGCUUUUGCUCAUUCAAUUUCAGCAGACUUCGAUCAUGAUCGCCACAUGACAGCAGGAGUUGCCGUGAUAUUUAAGCAGCAAUGUGGAAAGCCUUCUGAUUUAAACUGUGUCAGUUCACAUCUUGCGUACCAGAAUCACAGACAUGGUGCAGGAAUUUACAGCCUCAUUACUAAACCCAAGUACUACAACAAGCCAAAGAAAACUGAUUAUGAUUUGGCCUUUCAUCAAUUGGCUAUGGAUUUUGAGAGGAGGGGAUUCAAGCACCUGAUUUGUUCUCCAAUAGGUGCCUGUUAUCUGCUGGCUGACCAGGGUUACGACGUAUGGAUGGGAAACCCCCGCGGGAAUAUCUACUCAAAGGCUCACGAGACGUUGCAUCCGGAUGACCCAAAUUUCUGGAACUGGACCUGGGACGAGAUGGGUCGCUACGACCUCCCGGCGGUGAUAGGCUACAUACUGCAAGUGACUGGUCACCAGCAGAUCCUCUACAUCGGCCACUCCAUGGGCACCACCAUGUUCUUCGUGCUGUGCAGCUCCAGGCCGGAAUACAACGCUAAAGUGCUUUACAUGGCGGCCCUCGCCCCUGUGGCCUACAUGGGCCACACCACCAGUCCUCUUCGCUACCUGGCUCCGUACGCUCAGUCUUUCGAGAAUCUCUUACCGAUGAUUCUGGGGCAUGUUCCGGCUGGAGCAACAACCAAGACGUUGGUGCAUUACGCUCAGGAAAUAAAAUCAAAUCAGUUCCAGCGAUACGACUACGGGGCUGAAAGGAAUAUUAUUCUGUACAAUAGCACAACUCCACCGCUGUACAACCUGUCCAAGGUCUCAGUUCCUGUAUCUCUACACUAUGGAGAUAACGACCUGUUGGCUAGACCUAUGGUAAGUAUUCUCAGUUGUAGGUAUAAGGAGGAGUACAUAGAAUCUGGCAGUGAUAGAUCAUUAUUCAGCAGUGAUGGACAGGAAGAGUAUCAACCUGACCUGACUUAA